AUGUCUGCUAGUGUAGCAUCAAGGACUCCCCAAUCUGGAGCAGCUGCUCCUAUGCGUCCUGUCCCCUCAAGAGGCGCUUCAGUUCGUGCCCACGGCUCCGAUGUCACGGCACACGCGCAAGCAGGACCUUCGAAAGGCCUUCUGACUCUCAACUCAAACGGGACCAAACACAAUGACCCAGUCCGCGCUGCUCAGGAAGAGGCAACGAAAGUCUGGAAGGCGGAUAUGCGCAGACUUCUCGAUCGCGCCGAGGAGCGCUUCGCGGAUGUCUGCUGGACGACCGCAACCACAAACACGCAAGACCAUCGCGACGAGUGGUCUCCCAAGCCGGGGGACGAAGACCGGACCAGCUUGCAAACAGCACAGCAUGCAUUGAUACCCACGUUACGACCAACACAAACCGCAUCGAUACCCACCACUUCCACGAGUCAAGAUACCCUCAUAUGGGCUCACAAGGCUAUUCUAUACGCACGCGCUCCCAACACUUUCCACGCUCGCUUCUUGAAGAUGCGCUCACCUGCCCAUCAGCUUCAGCAUAUUGGCUCGACUGCAAGCCUUGCUUCUCUGCCGUUGCAUCGGAGCGGAUCGCAGCUAUCACUGGCUUCCGAUCUUUCCCGCUCCAACAACACGGACCCUUCGGCUUCGAAUGCGAAUACGUUGACAACACGUGGGGGGAUAGUAGCCAAAGCGCGCCAGUCGAUUAGGGGCACCGCACCGCCCAGCAGCUUUUCCAUGAAGAAGCCCUCUUUGCGCAAGCCGAUCUCCCGUUCCAGCAUCUCCAGGCCUCUGCGAAAGGGUUCGAUUGACGAAGCUAACUCCAUCGCCUCCGGCUUUGCCACCAGCGACAGUGAGGGCGAAGGCGAUCCAACAUAUAGUCUGCGCGCCUCUCGCUUGAUCAACACUCGUUCGAAUGAUCCGAAACCCCACGCAGCUUCGUUGACAUCGUCUUCGAAAAUACCUCAGGAGUCUUCGUCCGCAUUGUCUUCAAAUCACCCGACUCGCAAACCGUCGUUCGCCUCGGUCACCUCGGCAGCCGAUUCACAGUUCACGGACGCACCCACAGUCGUCAGCGACGCCAGCACCUUGCGUGCUCCGAUCAGUCUCGGAGAUGUCAGCCAAGCCUUCUUCGAGGCGACGCUUCAGUACCUGUACACUGGCGAAGAGGCGAUGGUCGAUGCAUUCGAGUUCCUCUUUGAGAAUCGCCUCGCCUCUGACUCAGAGGUCACUGCCGAGCAGAAGCUGGAUAAGCUUCGGACAGACCUCACCUUCAUGUGGCGCAGCAAACUCUACUCGGACGUCAAGAUCGUGCUUGCCGAAGACGACGAUGAUGACGACAGCGAUGACUUGGUCAAAGCAGGGCUCGGCAAUGGCAGAAAGGGCCGUGAUACGUUGAACAAGAUGAUGGACAUUCCCGAUGCCAACAUGUCCGUCUUAUCACUGGCUCCAACGCUUGAUACCGAAAGAUGCGACAAUUCAGACAACGAAGACGACGACCUAACUUCCUUCUCGACGCAUCGCAUGAUCCUCGCAUCUCGGUCGCAGUACUUCGCCUCGAUGCUGCUUUCGCCAUACGCAGACUCGCGGGCGCCAGUAUUGCACCUACCAUCCCCACCAUUUACGCCAGCCUCGCUUCACUUUACGCUUGGCUUCCUCUACACCGGCACGCUCUUCUUCUCGAAUCGCACCUUCGACCUUUCGACCGCCUUCUCGCUGUGGCGCGCUGGUGCCUACCUGCAAAUCGAAACGCUACAAGCGCUUGUCGUCGCCCUCAUCGACCGCGAAUUCUGCCACGGCUUCCACUGUUCGCCGCCCUGCCGCAAAUGUGCCAAGCGAGUCCCUCGUACGCUUUCAUUUGCCACGAGCCCCGACGUCAGUGAACGAUCCUUACAGGAGCCGGCCAUUGCUGCUGUCUCUGGGGUCCACUUCGGCAUGUACUGGGCCAAAGAGGUCGGCAGCCUCGACUCGGUGCUUCAGGACCGUAUCGUCGACUCCAUCACCGAUUGCCUUCGAGACGAGCCGACUUUGGUAGUGUCCGUUUUGCGGCAGCUCUCGAUCGUCGGCCAGCGCAUCGACACCGAACGAUCGAGCCGAUGGGUUGAGUCGCUUCGCGUGAUGGCAGAGACGGUCGAGAGCCGACUGAUGCGCAUCCUGCACAGCGAUCUCGAAAAGAUCGUGCAGAGUCAGGCUUUUUCGGACUUGCUGGAUGGUGUUGGCUCACUCGGAGACGUGCUCGAGAAGUUCCUCGUGAUGCUAAUCGACGGGCUCACAGAAGCUCGAGCUGCAGAUAUCUAUCAACUUCUCGUCGGGCAGGUUCUGCUGCGCGAUCAGGGAUUCGAGGUGGGUCAAUCGCGACAGGCAGUCGAGACGGCCCGCGCCAGCAUCUUGCGCUACCUCAAGAAACGCUGGAUCAACGUUCGCGCGCUCGCAGGCUUCAACAAGCUCGAAAAGUGGUGUCUCAAAGAGCUAGCCGACGAGCUCGACGUCACCACAGCUGAUCUGGUCUUGACAGAAGGACCGUCGCCUGCGAAGCUUGGACUGCCGCCCUCCCGGCUGAUGGCUACACGACGGACCAGCUCGCUUGCUGGCAGCAUCGGAGCAAAUGGUGCGGUUGGUGCUAGCCUGGCCGCGGCAAGAAGCAGCAUGGGUGCAAGAUCAUCGCUCAGUGGCGCGGCGGCAGCUGCGAGUCGGAUGCGGACGGCAUCUGCAGCUUCCACAGCGUCUUCCCUGACGAGAACCGCAUCACCGGCGAGAGACUCGUUGCGAGACGACGGCGAACGAGAAGCCGGACCGAUACACAUGCGAGCGGCUGUGCUUAAUCGCAAUGCUGCUCGAACGUCGGUAGCAAAUGGACACAGAUCUUUGUCAACAGCAUCGACUGCCUCGACGACGUCGCCUGCUACACGUCCGAGCUCACGAUCAGUCGCUACUGCUUCACUGACGCCGGCGACGAGAGCCAAGACAAGCCACUCUCCUGCCUCCAAGAAUGGGAAAGCGACGAACGUGCAUGCAGCAGCUACCGCGGAGGGCAUCAACGGAACAGGCGUAAAGAUCAAUAGUCCCUCACCCGUCGCUGUGAGCAAGGAGCAAAGAGCUCGCACGCCCAGCAGUGCCAGUACAGCCACCCUCGCAAAUGGCAAGGCCGUCAGACCCGCGCCUGCCGAAGUCGCUGCGCCACGAGUCAAAGCUGCCAGCGUCAGCACGAGGGCCACCACGUCAAGCAAAGCAGACAGAUCGCCAACGCCGAAAUCCUCAACAGUCAGAACGCCCUCUGCAGAGACGGACCAGACACCGACCAAGACGAUCCGCAACGUCCGCUCCGCUGCCUCUCUCUCGUCGCGCACCAGCACGAACGCAAGCAAGCCCGCCGCAUCCUCGCUUGACACCAAGCCAACGAAACCGCCUGUGCUCGGCCACAAAUCUUCCUUCCUGCGCGCAACACCCGGUCCCGGUGGCACCUUCUCCCUGUCGACCACCGAUUCGGGGUACGGUCUGCGGCCUAGAACCGUCAGCAAUGCUUCUGCCCCUAAGAAGACCGCCGCUGCGACCACCGCAUCGGAUAGCGAUCGAGCGCGGUCAGUCACGCCAACCAAGCCGACCGCUCGCAGGACCUCGUCCACCUCUUCUUCGCCGAAGAGUAGCAAGACGAUGAGCGUCGCCGAGGCCAUGCCAGCCGAUGCGCUCACCAACGUCCAAAGGGCACGACAGGCAUCUUCAUCGCACGGUGUGCGCAAGAGUGAGUCUGUCAAAACGAUCGUGCUUCAUUCCCCUACACGGCAGACGGUAGAUCUGGUCCCCUCGCGCACUCGUGAGACGGUGACAGUGGACGGUGGGAUCAGCCUCAUCGUGGGCAUUCCGUGCAUCGUCGCGCUCAACUUCAAGAGUCCUUCUGCGCCAGGCGCGGGUGUUGGGGGGAGGAAGAGUCUCCCCGCGCCUCAACAGCGCAAAGCGGGUGCAGCAACAGCCGCACGCAGCGCGAGCAGCACCACCGGCGGAGCGGGGGCGACGCGCAAGUUCCGCGCUCAAGUUCGCUAUCUGGGCCUUGUCGCUGGUCAUCCGGGUGUGUGGGUGGGUGUCACGCUGCAUCUGCCGCCUCACCUCGUCGCAGCGAUCACGCCGCCGCCGCUCAAGCUCCGCAAUGGUGGCUUUCAGGGUACGCAAUACUACCGCCUCGAUGAACAAGCCGGAAGGGAGGCAGUGGAGGCACAAGAGAGGAUGGACAGGCGCAGGGAGGUGUGGGAGCGUGUAUCGCCCAACAUGCCGUUCCCGACGCCAAUCGAGCGACGAUCGGGAGAAGAGAAGGCAAAGGGGAAGGCGGAGCCGGGGCCAGGUCCGGUAGAGCUCUUCGUGCGCCCGUCCGAGAUCGUGUGGGUCGUUCAAUGA